AUGGCGGCAGGCCCCGUGGCUUAUAAGGACCGACAAUUUCUCGCUGUCAUUGGAGAUGAAGACUCUGUAACUGGCCUUCUCCUCGCCGGGAUCGGGCACGUCACAGCUGGCCCAGAUCCGCAACGAAACUUCCUAGUCGUCGACGCAAAGACCGAGACCUCAACUAUCGAGAAAGCAUUCCAAGACUUCACGCAAGAACGAAAGGAUAUCGCUGUCCUUUUAAUCAACCAACACGUGGCAGAGCGCAUUCGAAAUGUCGUCGACGCGUACUCCGAAGCUUUCCCCGCCGUGCUCGAGAUUCCAAGCAAAGACCACCCUUACGACCCCGAGAAAGACAGUGUAUUGAAGCGAGUGCGUCGGUUAUUCGGUGAAUAG